AUGUCGGAAGAGUCAGAUUUCUCUGAUAAGAGGAAGCAGGCGAAGGGAGCCGUCCUCACGGAAGAAGAGAAAAAGGCGCAUCAUAUUGCCUCUGAACAAAAGAGAAGAGAAAACAUCCGUUCUGAGUUUGAUAGAAUUGUUGAUUUAACUCCGACUUUGACUGACUUGGAGAACCGCUCUGAGUUGAACAUUUUAACCAAGUCUGCCGAUUAUAUCGAUAAGUUGAAGGAAGAAAAUCAAAGAUUAAUAGCUCUGUGUAGGGCUCGAGGGAUUUUGGUACCAGAAGAGUUGGUAUAUCGUGGACCUGGUUCCGAGAUAUAG